AUGAUUAUUUAUAUAUAUCUAUUCGUCUUGUGUCUGCCACUUACAUGUGUAAGGAGAUAUGUUACAUUACCAAGUAAAUGCUCUUUCUACUUGUACUGUAUAUUGCUAUCAUUUUUGAAUAUCUUGCAAGCUUUGGGUGCAGUUUUGCUGUAUUUCCAGGCUACAGAUGGAAUGUGCUUUGUCGAUUUCUCGACGUAUCUCUACUUUUGUUUUUAUACCCCAAUCGUCUAUGUGACCUUCUUGAGGAGGUCUCUAAAGCAUCCAAACUCAAACUCUGGUAAUAGCCUAUUUUCGUAUAGGAAGCAGCGUGAUGAGCAUGGAUCUGGCGAUUUGCCAGAUUCAUAUUAUCCACGCUUAACCUCACCAUCAUACGACGACCUGUUUGAUUGUUCUCCACGUUAUGCUACUGCUCCUUUUCCGGAUGCUCCGCUGAUGCUCUCGACAGCGGAGACAGCCGAAUCGACGGUAACAACGAGAACUGGGUCUGAUGAGUGGGAAGCCAGGCAUUCUGGUUAUUGGGACACCAACAUGGAAACACGACAUCUGAAAGGUCUCGGUGCUGAUGGAAGCCUCGUUUUUGACGAUGACCCAUACCCACGAUGGCAUCGAUAA